AUGUCAACCACUAGUACUCUUCCUUCAGAUAUAGCAUCCACAUCUACAUCAGCAUCCACUCCUGCAAUGUCACAUCCAUCUAGUACUCUUCCUUCAGAUAUAGCAUCUACAUCAGCAUCCACUCCUGCAAUGUCAGCCACUAAUAUAGCAUCUAUCAUCAAAUCAUCCACUCCUGCAAUGUCAGCCACUAGUACUCUUACUUCAGAUAUAGCAUCUACAUCAGCAUCCACUCCUGCAAUGUCAGCCACUAGUACUCUUUCUUCAGAUAUAGCAUCUACAUCAGCAUCCACUCCUGCAAUGUCAACCACGAGUACUCUUCCUUCAGAUAUAGCAUCCACAUCAGCAUCCACACCUGCAAUGUCAGCCACUAGUAUUCAUUCAGAUAUAGCAUCACCACUCCUGCAAUGUCAACCACUAGUACUCUUCCUUCAGAUAUCAUCCACUCCUGCAAUGUCAACCACUAGUACUCUUCCUUCAGAUAUAGCAUCUACAUCAAUGCAUCCACAUCUCCAGCAUGCAAUGUCAACCACUAGUACUCUUCCUUCAGAUAUAGCAUCUACAUCAGCAUCCACUCCUGCAAUGUCAUCCACUAGUACUCUUUCUUCAGAUAUAGCAUCUACAUCAGCAUCCACUCCUGCAAUGUCAGCCACUAGUACUCUUCCUUCAGAUAUAGCAUCCACAUCAGCAUCCACUCCUGCAAUGUCAACCACUAGUACUGUUCCUUCAGAUAUAGCAUCCACAUCAGCAUCUCCUGCAAUAAAGUUCCACUAA